CUUCUUGGUAAUUUGUUUUUCUGUCAUCAGGUAAAUCACUUUCUCUUUUCAUCUUCUCUUAAUCAAAGUUUCUCCAUUCAAUUGUUACUCUUAGUUUUUGUACUUUUCAAUUUUUUCUCGAAAAGUUAACCAAUCACAAUCAACAAAUUGUUCCUCCGAUUAUUCAAAACAAUCAAUUCUCACAUGAUGAAAUAUCUUUUUGUCGCAGCGUUUUUUGCAAUUCUAUGUAUCGGUGAAAUUCAGAGUCAACAAUGUCACCUUCGAGAACUUGAUCUUUGUGCUGCAACUUUAUUGGUUUUUACCAAUAAUCCUUCAGAAAACACUGGAACUGAUGAUGAGAUCGAACGACAAUGUGGAUUCAUUCGAGAAGCUGAAGAGUGUCACAAGAACUUUACUUCUAAAUGUGCCACUGAAUCGCAAAAGGAAUUAGUUGAUUUCCUUGGAACUGGUGGUAAAAAAGUGGCCGAUGAAUUUUGUACCGCUGGAACUAAAUUACGAGAGGAUUACAAGAAACACGCCAAGUGUAUGUCCGAAUCUCGAAAAGAUUCCAAGAAAUGUACAAAAGACUUGAAAGCAGCUCUUGAGAUUAUCUCAGACGCUCAAUGGGAUAAACGUAUUUCUACCUCGUGUUGUGCCUUCAAUCGAUUCGACGAUUGUUUAACUUCAAAUUUGAAAGCGAAAUGUGGAGACGAAGCCGUUGAGAUCAGCCGUAAAUUGGUUCGAUUAGCGGCCUCCCGAUUACCUGAGAUCGUCUGUCAAUCCUACAAGAAAGAAAAAUGUGAAGGACUUUUACCUCCCUCUGGAACUGCACCGACCGGAACCAAAUCGAACAGUCUAUUAUCUCGAGUAUUCUCAACGUACGUUGGUAACUCUGAAUAAAAAAAGUUCGUUGGAAAAACAAAUCGAAACGAUUAUUGAACAAUAUCGAAAUGAUCAAUUGGCGCAAACGACUGGAAAAUUUUCCCUUUUAAUCAAAAAACUUUUUUUUUACAAACACUUUAAUAAUUUUUCAUUAAUCAUUGGUUUUAACUUAAUACAAUCCAUUGAUUGUACGAUCACAAAAGUAAUCACAAAAUCUCAAAAACUUUGAGGCAACAACAUCAAGUCAUCAUUUGUAAUCAGUUCCUAAGAAAAUCACUUUCUCUUAAUUCACUUGUGGCUAUAAAUUUAAUCCUCUAAAAAUUAAUUGUGGAAACUUAUAUUUACCUUAAUAAAAUCUUUUUGUAUUCUCAUAACAA